AUGACGACGUCGUCGAAUCUUGACCAGAAGGAAGGCACCGUCGAGGGCUUGCUAGAUGCCAGCGAAUUAGAGUCUCGCAAUCGAUUAGACGACGUAAUACGAAAAUUACAAGCACAAUUGCCAAGAACGCUGAUGGAACCAUUGACGUCCCUAUCUACCGAUCAAGUCUACGACCCAGACUUUCAACUAUCCGUCUUGGUUCCGACAUCGAAUAAGAACAGUCCCAAAAUAAGUCCAGAUGGGCAUCGUAAGGAGAGUCGAAGCAACGCGGAUACUAAUGAUCAAAGCGUAAAAAGUAGCCAGAUCCCAUUGGUGACAUCCCGAGAGGAACUAAUUUCACUCUCAGAUGUUCUGGUGCUAGCCAUUACUGCCGCCAAACAGGCACAGUCAAUGUUGUCCUUGCCUCGCCGCCGAGUAAGUGGAUCCAAUGAAACAAAUGCGACCCCCUCCAGUUCUGUUGCUGCUGUAGAAUGUCAAUUAGUCAUUGAUCCCAAGUUGAACCGUCUUCGAGUGCCCUGGAAGACCAAGGUCCCAUUAUUAUUAUCCGCGUCACCAAUCCUAGGAGGGAGUCAGAGGAAUCCGGAAGACAGCCGGGACAACAACUUUGUUCAAUUGGAGGGACUCUCCGACUUUGUCUUGAGCAAUACAACCGGGAAGAUCAUGUCUCACCAAGUGGUCCAAGUAUUUUUGAACGGAAGAAGUAUCAAUGGCCCGGAAGUAGGCCAAGCAUUGGAAGCCAUUCAAUCUGCUUCCAAGAACCUACAGCAGUCGCCCUUCUUCCUCCCAAAUGUCUUUGGUGGUGGUUCCAACGAUAACACCCGGAACUCGAACGAUCUCUUUUGGAAGGAAAUGCGAGAUGGAAUCUUGGAACAAGUGGCUACUGCCGCAUCUGCUUCGUCUCGCAAUGAUAAAACGAUCCUUCCAGUGCCACCUGUCGUGGUAGUGAAUUCCAUCGAAACAGUCAAGGGAUGGGUCUCUACGGAACCAUUCAAUCUGACGAUAACAUCCCAGGAUACCCCCCUUCCUGGAACGGACGAGUGGAACGAGUAUAUCACCGCACAUGAAUCCUUGACAGAAUUCUGCAAUCAAGUUAUACCCAUGCUGGCAGGGACCACCACAGGAAAAUCAAAAUCCAGUCCAUUAUCACCCAUUUUGGUAGACGAAAGUGUCUUUGCUUCGAAUGUUACCUUCAAAGGUAUAGAUGGCAGCACGCUCAUGAAAGGGAGAGGCUUGGUAGGGAACUUUUAUCAGAGCCUUUCUCUUGCACGAAAAAUGGGAACGGGCCAAGAUUGGACUGUGACCAAGUGUUGUGUCCUAGACUGGAGGAAACGUACGAUAGCGAUUGACUACAAAGCUACCAAUAGUAUUCCGCCACGUUGGAAAAUCCAAGGAAGAGACAUGUACGUCCUAAGCAGCAGCAGCAGCAGCAGCAGCAGUCAUGAGGGAGAUACCCAAAGCCGCGCAGUCAUUCAAGAAAUCCAGCAACUUGACUUCCAAGCAUCUGCUGCCGAUGGCAAUCUCUUUCUUGAUAGCAGCUGGCUCAUGAAGAAUCUUGUACGUGCGGUGGAGCAAGGUCGAAACGUUGCAAAUGGGGGUUCUGAUGGGAAUGGUAUGGUUAACUUUGGUGAAGUUAUUUCCGAGAUUCUCCUUCAGCAAGGUGGUAACUUGGGCCUCGGAGGCGGACUUUUGCGAUCACAGCAGUCGAACGGAGAAACCGAUCUCAAGAGCAAAAGCAUGAGCAAAAGCAUGAGCAAGAGCAAUAAAUUCUCUGAGAAGGCGGGUGCCAAUGCAUAUUAUCUCAUGGCUUCUCUUCUGGAACAGUACCAGGGUCUCUUUGAUGACACGACGACGGAUCGACGAACGGUGACACCAGGAGCCGAGUUCAUGGGAGAAAAUGUGGAGCUGCAAGGGUACCUAGGAGAGCCUUUGGUGCGCGGGAGGAAUAUAUACAAUCGGGUUCUUGGAACUCUUCUUGCUAGAACAAGGCAAGCCAUUGUGCAAAAGCAACUGAGCAUUGUCAGUAAUAUGAAGAAGAGUCCCCCAAAGGUGGAACUUAUUGCUUUUGAUACAGUCCGCCUAUACCUCAGCUAUUCGUUUCGUUUAGCAGCACCUCGUCUGUUGCCAGAAAUCCCAUUACCUAAUCAAAAUGGAGCUACUGCAUUUGGUUCUGGGUCAAGUCUCCCUCUCAAGAUUGAACUAGUUUCAGACUACAAGCUGGAUCCCAACUCUGGCCAAGUGACUGUUCACAAACUGGUGGAAACGAAAGUCAAUGGUCAACUCACUCCAGGUGAUAUGCUAUCACGCUGGAUACAGCGGUUUUUGAAGUUGGACAGUGGUAGUGUUGGGACGUCCAAUGGUGCCAGUGACGAGUUCUUCCAGACGUUUGUUGACGCAGUUUCAUGGUUUCGUACAUUUCGGCCUCCCGACCGAUAA